AUGAGCAAUCAGGAUUCAAUCGUAGUCUCGUCACAGCGCCCCGAGCUCAAGAUACCAGAUGCCCACUACGGUAACGAAGACUUUUUGCAGCAUGACGGUCUACUCCCGCAAGAGUUUGCCAUGUCCAACCUUUACAGUGUCAAAUGCGUUGUUGGCGAGACACGGUCUCGGAUAUGCGUCGCUUCGCUUAUUCGUGACGCACUCAAGUUCGGCGCCGUCAAUCUUCGAAAUGAAACACGUCGGGGUGGUGUACCAAUUGACGACACCUUACUUAAUACUUUGACUCUCGGUGAUACAUCUCCUUUGCAAUACGUGGCUCUGGAUGGUAAAUUUCGUUCGGUGGAUGCCACAACAAUCCUUGAUGCGUUGGCGCACAUUGUGACAUUGCGUGGUGUAAGACUGGCGAGCUGUGCUCCACGGAUUGAACAGCUGGACCGAUUUCUCGCAGCCAUCGAACGCUGUACAGCAUUCGAUGAAAUUCAAUUUGAAAAAUUGAAGAUGGUUACCAAUAGGACUCUAGGAGAAGUUGACAGGAUUUCGACAUUAAAAUGCGUCCUUUUGUCGGACUGUCAUAAAUUGUAUAACAAUGGCUUCUAUACUUUGGUUGAUAACAGCAAAUCACUCAAAGAGAUCAGCAUUGAUAGAAAGACCAAUCAUCCAAGCGACUUGGUAGCUUACGCUAGAGAGAAAAAUGUUUAA